UCUCUGCUUCUAUACCUCGUUUCUUUUGCUUUUUACUGCUCAAUCGAUACGCACUUCUUUGGCUGUGUUUGCUCAGAUUGUCGGGGGUCUACCAUUCUUCGUUGCGGAGAAGUGAUGCGCUCCCGCACUGCCGUAUUAUGGACGAGUGGGUGGACAACUCUCCCUUCAACGAUGCUCAGGCAUGCUGCGGAUUGGGACCGCGGGUGUGCGGAUGUGACAAAGAAAAGGCAAUCCUCUCCUUUACCUUCGCAAAAGAAAGCGCUGUUCCAUCCACAAUCAGGAGCAGCGAGUGCCCUAACCGGUUGCUCAACCCGGAUCAAUAACGGCGUCGACUUUUUCGUUCUUAUUUUUAGUUUCUAACUUUUUUUUCUAGUUUCAUCCAUCUCAAUCUCAGUUUGAACUUCCCUCCUAUCUCACCAUCAUCCGCCCCGCCAGGAGGUGCUGACAAGAUGACGACGGACUCGAGCGAGGACUACUUUGGCAUCCUGGGCGUGUCGCCCGAUGCGACGGAUGCCGAGAUCAAGAAGGCCUACCACAAGCUCAGUCUGUCCCUGCACCCGGACAAGGCGCGCGACGUGGAGCCGGCCGUGGCGGUGGCGCGCUUCCAGGAGAUGAAGCUUGCCUAUGAGGUCCUCAUGGAUCCGGCUACUCGGCUCGCAGCCGCAGAGAGACAGAAAGUCGACCGUGCGCGAAAGGAGCGGCGGAGCGCAUACGAAGGCAAGCGCAAGGAGAUGGCCGACGAACUGGAGCGGCGGGAGGAGGAGGACAGGGUGAAGCGAAAGAAGCAGGGGGAUGCGCAGAGGGACAUGCAGAGGACGCUUGAGAAGCUUAGGGAAGAAGGGAGAAGAUUAAGAGAGGAAAAGGAGAGAAAGAUGAGGCAAGAAGAGGAAGGACCGAGAAGAGAGCGGAAGCAAGAGGAAGAACGGGAGCGGAUAGCGAUGCUCGAGGAGCAAAAGAGGCAACAAGAGCUUCGAGAAAGUGAGCCAGCACUAGGGCCCCUUGACCUGACUGUCACAGUAAAGUUCCCCUCGGAGCAGUACGUCGAUCUCUGCCGAGAAGGCGAAGGCGGAGGCGGGCUCGAGUCGAGAUUGGCACAGGCUCUGCAAGUACGCUUUGGCCCACUUGAUUCGCUGCUGGCCAAUGCUCCUAAAAUGCGCAAGUCGGGCAAGAUGGCCAGCGAAGCGUCGGCGCACGCCACCUUCAAAACGCUCGAUGCCGCCUUUGCGGCCGUGCGGGCAGGCAGCCAGCUUCGGGCUGGCACGCCAACUGGCGAGGCCAAAUGCCUGCAAGAUGUGUGGAUUGGCUGGGCAGCGGGCGUAGCAAAGGGCAAGCAUGAACAAGAGGCAGGCGGAGUUGCUCAGCCGCCGCCGCAGGGGUCAAUGCCAGGCGAGCCAGCGAGGAUUACUUGGCUCCGACAGCGAGGGCUCCUUUCAGGCCAAGCAAGUAGUGAAGCAUCACCGGAUGUGAAAGUGGGAUCCGACGCAACCAGAGGCGAUCCCGUGCAGAGCAACGGCAAGGCCGAUGAAGAUGACAUUCUCGGUCGCAUGAUGGCCUCUUCGAAAUCGGCCGUCAACAGCGGCGACAACAACAACGCUGCGCCUCCCAAGUUUUCAUUCACUACGUCCUCCCUCAACAGCCCGGCUUCUGCACCUCACACUUCUCAGGGCAACAGCGGCGCUGCAGUCGACUUUGAAAGCGCUACUCUGGAGAGGAUGCGAGAGGCCGAGCGAAGGCGCGUCGAAGAAGCCAUUCGCAAGGCCGAUGAAGAGGCUCUGUCCUAGCCUUAUUGCGCUCAUAACACAACAUGUAACAUUACUUGUCAUCACAACACAAC